AUGGAAGGUGAUAACAUGAGAGCCUUUGACAUGGGUACACUUAGAACAAGUCUUCCACAAAAGAGAUCUGGGUUGUCAAGGUACUACUCCGGCAAAUCAAGAUCAUUUACGUGCAUGGACGACGUUAGAAGUGUGGAAGAUCUUAAGAAACCGGAACAUCCCGAUGCUAAGAAGAGGAAGAAACAUUCGGAGAGGAAGAACUUUCCGGUUCCGACCUACCCUCCUUAUCCAUGUCGAAGAGUUUCUAGCACCACCCAAUGUGCUGCACCUUGUGUUGGUGUGUGA